GCCGCCGCCACCCGCAGCCCGGGCUUACUCAACCGCCGGGCCAUGCUGUCCGUCACCACAGCGGCAGCGGUGGCCGGACGGGUAGCGCCGUCGCUAGCGGCAGAGCCAGCAACCUUUGCUCAGCGCUUCUCUGUCUCUGGCAACAUCUCGCCGCUGCCGCCGCUGGGCCAAUACUCGAGGUACGAGGAUCAGCUCAGCACGCCGAAGGGCAGCAAGGCGCUCUCUCUUCCGGUGCGCUUCGACUUUCCUCAGCAGCUGCUUCAGAUCGGCCGCUCGCUAGGCGGAAUUCAGUUUGUUGACGGCUCCUCGGGCCUCAAGAUCUACGUGCUGCGCGUCUCGCUGCCAGGGACCUCGCUGGCGGAGACGCCCAAAAAGUGGUUUGGCGAGGCAAUCUUCAGUCCCGACGGGCAGAUCGCGCGGGAGGGCGUCGAGAUCGACGCGUACAAGGUGACCUCGGCCAAGGAGCUUGAGGCACCGGCGGGCGCGGCGGAGGCGCGGCGGCGGCUGGCGCUCAAGUACACUGUGAUCACGCCCGCAAAUCAGCGUGCCACCGACCGGUUCGCCUUUGUGGACGCGUACGAGGUCGAUGGGAUCGCUUACCUGCUGGUGGCGUCGGGGGGCGCGACCAAGUGGGAGGGCGGCGAGAAGGAGAGGUGCGAGCGGGUGGCCGACUCCUUCUUCAUCGGCCGUGGGGCGUAGGGAGAUAUAGGGCAUUGAUAGACACGUACGAUAGUUCGCUGUGAGAGUCGUGAUUUCUUGUUCGUUGUUGAGCUUGAGGUU